AAAAAAACACCCUCUUUCUUUCCAAGAAUUAAAAUUAUCUCACCCUCAAAUCAAUAUUUAUAUUCCCUUUUUCAAACCUAGAGAAUGAAUAAGCAAAAGGUUGUUAUUAGGUUAUCCAUAAAUGGUCAUGAUAAAAAAUCAAGGUCCAAGGCUUUCAAAAUUGCUGUUUCUCAGCCAGGUGUGAAUUCAGCAGCUAUGAAAGGGGGAGAAAAUAACCAAUUAGAAGUGGAGGGGGAGCAAAUUGAUGCAGCAGUGCUAACCAAAUUGCUUAGGAAGAAAUUGAAGAAAGGAGCAGAGUUGUUAAGUGUUGGCCCUAUUGACAAGAAAGAUGGUGACAAAAAAGAUGAUCCAAAAAUAGAAUUAGUUCCAAUGAUGCAAUGGCCAUCUAAUAAUUAUUAUCCAUAUCAUGUUGUACCUCAAUAUCCAUUUUAUGAAGUUACAGAAUCAUAUCAAGGUGGUUGCUCAAUUUUAUGAAA